AAAACUUGGAAUUUUAAAAAUCCCAUGUGAUUUGAACCCUUGAAAAGAGAUCUGUGGUUACCUAGCAGCUUAGUACCAGGCACCUCCUAGUAGGUCCCAAUUAGGAAGUGCCGAGGUCCACGCUCCACUCUUCUUAAUCCCUUAGGCACGCGAUCGCGACUCGAAGAAUAAGCACAACUGAACUUAUAGCAGCAUGCUUGCAUUCUUACAUAAAGUAAUUAUAUACUUCCAAGUUGUCAAGUAAAAGAAAGUCUACUCUUUAUCCCCUUCCCCUCCGCCAUUCCACUAAGAACCAUGGCGUCGAGUGAGCUGUUCACGAUUCCCAUCCCUCCCCUCAAGGCGCAUGUAGGGGGGAGCAUUGUCUGCACAUCGCCUGCGCCGAAGGUGUACGUCCUGACAUGGAACUCAACCCCGGACAACAGACUCACGCCCGCCUUCAACACUGCGCUCAUGACCGCCCUCGACGUCAUCGAGUUUAGCCAUCCGCCCGGCGUGGUCAUAACCACUUCCGCCAUUUCCAAAUUCUACUCCAACGGCCUUGACCUACAACUUGCCUUGGCACUGCCCGGAUUUAUGGAAAACAGCCUCUACCCGCUGUUCCGGAGGUUCUUGACUUACCCCAUGCCGACGGUCGCCUUGGUCAAUGGCCAUGCGUUCGCCGGAGGCUUCAUGCUGGCCAUGCAUCACGACUACCGAGUCUUCACGGGCGCGAAGGGCUACCUGUGCAUCAACGAGCUAGAGUUCGGAGUCCCGUUGAUGCCGCCGAUGAGCUCUAUAUUCCGAAUAAAGGUAUCUCCUCAAGUAUACCGCGACAUGGUUCUCGAGGCGCGACGGUUCGAUGCCAAGACGGCAUUGGAGGUUGGCUUAGUCGAUGCGGUUGGCGAGAUGGACGCGGCGUUGCGCUUGAUCGAAGACCGAGCGCUGGUCAAGAAGGGACAAUCCACGGCUUACGGAUCGUUAAAGCAGGAGAUGUACCGCGAAAGUGUAGCUUUCCUAUUCAGAAAUCAAAUAAUUAAUCCGGUCACUUCCUUAAUCCCUAAUACCACCAUUAUUUCGAGGUCCAGUACCUGCUCGGUGCUCAAAAGAUGCCUGACGUCAUUGAUACGCGGACCUACGAGGUCCUUCGUAAAUAAUCGCAAUUCCUCGAAAUGAACAAGUUUCGGUCCACGCAGUCAAGUUGCAGCAUGACUACCGUAUUUUCAACUCAUAACGACAAAGUAAAGUAAUGUCGUAGAAUCAAAAGGUAGAUUCGAGAUUAUCGAAGUAGUGUAUUUUCUUCAUCCCUUUAUCAGUCAAGAUACAGACGUUCGUUGAUACACACAGUACAAGCCACCAGAUAUAAUGCGAAGAUCGUAUGGAAGGCCAUAUUAACGUCAAAUGUUACGUAUUUCCUAGAAAAUGAAAGACGAGUACUUCGUAUUAUGUACAUAUGUAAAGUGGGGUGCUGCGGCAACGGCGAUUUGGGUGGAUUAGUUGAUUUGUGCGGCUGUGGUGCUUUUGUUCUUACGACUAUCAGAUCUUUGAGAAUCAUGAGACGAUAAAAUGCGUACAGUACAGCCUGUAUGUACAAUACAUACAUACAUGUGCAGUUCCCAGAUAUCGUGCAUGCGUGGAAUUGGCUGACAGGAUCGUAAAAGACCUAUCUAUAUGGGAUAGUAUUGAUGUUAUGUAUGGUAUUAAGGAAAC